UUCACAGGGAUUGUGCAUAAAGCCGGGCACACCUUUUGCGUGUGUAGGAAGCCUUCAAAAAACCUUGUUGUAGUGUAUUCCUCUCUAGAGAGCAGCGCACAACAAUUAACUAAGGUGAUUUUUUUUACCAAAAUAAAGGCCCUUGAAUGGAGUAAAAUGAGAAAUAAAGGGCAGAUGGCAACCCUGCUUUAAAACAUCAACGAAUUCAUUAAUACAACAUUGGGUGGUAGAGGCAUUUGGCAAAGUGCUGAAGUAGCCUCUCUCCCUCCCCCUCUCUCUCUUUCUCUGUCACGUUCCCUCUCUCACUAGAGACAGGGGAUCAGGUAGCAGAGCAGAAAGACCGGAGGUUGAUCCGCAGUGCCCCUGCUUCUCUGUUUGUUGUGUUUUUGUUUGUCCCCCCACCCGUCCGUGCAUGUAAUGACCCAUCACCUUCGUCACCCUCAGGAGAGAUGCCUAUACUCGAGAUGGCAGUGAGCCUAGUCAAGUCCCUGUACUGGGAAGUGUUCCCCCCCAUGUCCACGUGCAGGGUCUACUGCACCCCUGUGUUCCAUGACGGCCUGCUCUAUGUGCUCGGGGGCUGCAGUGAGACAGGUCUGCCUCUAGACACUGCCGAGGUGCUGGACAUAGAGAGCCAGACAUGGACCCAGUUACCUCCACUCCCUACAGCCCGUGCGGGGGCAUCAGCGGUGGCCCUGGGGGGUCAGGUGAUGGUAAUGGGGGGCAUGGAUGGCCAGCAGAGCCCCCUGUCCUCCGUGGAGGUCUACAACCCUGACGAGGGCAAGUGGGAGAGGAAGGCCAGCUUAGGACAACCCUCCAUGGGCAUCACCUCAUUAGAGAAAGAUGGGAAGGUAUAUGCGCUGGGAGGGAUGGCAGCUGACACAACGCCCCAGGCUCUGGUGAGGGUCUAUGAGCCGGAGAAGGACCAAUGGCAGCCCCUGACCUCUAUGCCCACGCCCCGCUAUGGAGCCGCCUCCUUCCUGAGAGGCAACAAGAUCUACGUGCUGGGUGGGCGUCAGGGCAAGCUUCCUGUCACAGCCUUCGAGGCCUUUGACCUGGAAAUGAAGAGCUGGAUGCAUUACCCCUGCAUCCCCAGCCGCCGGGCCUUCGCCUGCUGUGCUGCUACCGAGCUGGGCUUCUUCAGCCUGGGAGGGCUCCAGCAGCCUGGCCCCCACAACUUCUACUCCAGACCACACUUCGUCAGCACAGUGGAGGAGUAUGACCCAGAACAGGGUAUCUGGAUCAAACCAACCCGAACCUCCAGGAUGAGGGUUAAGAGAGCAGACUUUGUGGCCGGAUGUCUCGGUGGAAGGGUCAUCGUUGCUGGUGGACUAGGUAACCAGCCGUCGCCCCUGUCGUCGGUUGAGAGCUACAAUCCUGUGAAGCGGAGCUGGGAGUACGCUACCCCCAUGCCCAGUCCCCGCUGCUCCUGUUCACCCCUGCAGACCCCCAACAUGCUGUUUCUCAUCGGGGGCGUGGCCCAGGGACCCAGCAACGCCGUGGAGGCUCUUUGUCUCAGAGAGACUGUGUGACACACACACGCACACAGAGACAGACGAAGGACUCAAUGCAAGCAGG